CCCGGCCCAUCCCGGCCCAUCCCGGCCCAGCCCGGCCUUUUUUCCAAGCGGCCGCGAGAAACGGGCCCUUUGUCUUCGCCAUGGGCGCAUCGUGCUCUGAGAGCUUGAAGAGCUGUGUGGCCUUUGUGAAGACACUCAGGGCGGAGAGUGGAGGACCGCCUGCCUGCGCCUCAGCACAGACGCUGCCAAAGGUGCACAUUUGCGAGGGCUGCCAGGGGCAGGCAGAUGAGUUCGCCCAGGGCGCUCACGGGAAGCUGCUUUGCCGCAGCUGCCUCCGACGAGAGGACGAGGCGCUGUUGGCCCCCUCGGAGGAGGAGCAGAAGGGCCUGGACCAGCUUUCCAAGGUCCUGGACAACGUCUCCUGGAAGUACUGGAAGCCAGGCGAACAGCCUGCGCGAGUCCUGGAUUGGAUGUACCUGGGCGAUCUAAAAGAGGCCACGGACUUCGAGCUGCUGAGCAAUCGGGGCAUCGGCGCGGUGCUGAACCUCAUCAACUGGUGGGAGCUGAGCUCCCGUCUUCCUGAGGUUGCGGAUUUCGCGGCGCUGUACUCUUCCAACCACGUGGAGUUCAAGGAAGUGGAUUCCGAGGACAGGUUGUUUUUUGACAUCGUGGAGAAAUGCUGGCCCGCUUGCGAGAGCUUCCUUGGGAAGUGCCGCGCGCGGAAUCAGCGCGUCCUGGUGAACUGCAAGGCGGGCCACAACCGCUCGGCAUGCAUUUGCAUUUGUUGGCUGGUCUCACACGAGGGCUACAGCCUGCUGGAAGCCGUGGAGCUGGUACAGGGUCGGCGUGGGACGAUCCUCUCCAAUCACGGCUUUCGGCUUCAGUUGCUGCGCCUGGCGUUGCGCUUGGGCCGCCUGGGCGAUUUCACACCGCAGCUGGCCAGGACGAUGGUGAAACCGGGCAGUGAGACGCACCUGGACAGCAUCAUCAACCAGAAACGCAUGACGGUGCGCUACGACGAGGCGCAGCCGGAGGGUGGCGAACUGCCACUCAUGCGGAGGCAAAGUUCGCCGCUGCAGGGACUCCGGCCUAGGCGCCUGUCCCUGAUCUCAGAGGAGGUGCACAACAACGUCAAUCAAAGAGCUCUGAAAUUGGAGCUGCUGGCGUGUUUGUACCACCGCGACCAGAAGUUCCUGGACGACUACGAGUACACUUCGCAGCCGCCGACCAUCAUCGGCAGCGGUUUCAGUGGAGAUGUGGUGCUGUGCAGGCGGAAAGAGAAGGCUGCGGUGCGGCAGAACCAGGAGACCUACGUGCGAUGCGUGAAGAGUUUCAACCUGAAGCAGAUGGCACCCGACAAGCUGGAUAAGCUCAAGAACGAAGCGGUGAUCUAUUUGUCCCUGGAGCACCCGCACAUUGCGCGGCUCUUUGAUGUCUACGAGGACGACGAGCAGGUGAGCUUGGUGAUGCAGUACUGCUCCGGCGGGACGCUGGAGAGCGCCAUCCGCAGCCAGGGUGCCUUCAGCGAGCCAAAGUUUCAAGACGUGGCCGUGCCCAUGCUGCUUGCGGUGAACUACAUCCACUCCCUGGGCAUUGUGCACAGAGACAUCAAGCCAAGGAACUGGGUCUAUGAGGCAGAUGGCCAGACCAUCAAGCUCAUCGACUUUGGAUUUAGUGUGAAAGGCUACCUGGGCGCUGAGAGCCUUCAGGGCUGCAUGGGCACCCUGGGCUAUUUGGCGCCUGAAGUGGUCAAGGCAGGACUCAGCAGCGAAAGCGCGUACACAGCGAAGUGCGACAUUUGGUCUCUGGGUGUCGUCUUCGACGAGCUGCUCACCGGGGAGCCUGCCUUCCACCGGGAUGCCGGUCAGUGCGACGGCUACACGGAGGAGGUGGUGCUACGCGAGAUCAAGGAAGUGUCUGAGGAGAUCAUCGAGAAGGUGCUGGCGCAGGUGCCGGCCAACGCCGUGCCGCUCUUGCGGCGGAUGCUCACGAAGGAUCCCUUGGCAAGGCCUUCAGCGCGGGAGGUGCUUGAUGACAACUACCUGGCCCUGGUCCGUGCCAGGAUAGCCGAUCCGCCCAGAGCGCUGCCGGUGCGCGUGAUCUUGGACCGGUUCCGCGCCCACGCUUCGGCCUCGAAGCCCUCGCGGGCGUGGCUGCUGGCGGUGGCCAGGUCUCCCACCUACCUGCCCUGGGAGGAGUUCUGUGCUCUGCGUGAGACGUUCAAGAUGUUCGACGCCCAGGGCCUCAACGGCACCGUGAACUUUGAGACCUUCUUCACGGUGCUGCAGCGCGCCGCCCGGGACUCGCCACGCGUGUGGAACGAGAACCCGGAGAACACCUUCGACAACUCCCAGGGCCCCAUCCGCGCGGACAUCGCGAAGCUUUGGAAGGCGGUCUGCGGGGAGCAGGAGUCCCUGAGCUACUGCGAGUUCAUGGCGGUGUUGCUUCCGCCCAUGGAGGACGUCUUUGCGGAUGCGGAUAGCAAGUCCGCGGAGAACGAGGUCUACUCGCCCUUGCGGCCGAAAGAGCACUGGAGCCCCUCGAAGCCUAUCUUCCAGUACCUCCAGCUGCUGAAGCGGGCGAGCAAGUCCGUCCCCAAGACCCUGGAAUUCGAUGAGUCAGAGGAGGUGCGGCAAGUGGUCUCCGUGAUGGCGCGGCACCACCGGCGAUGGGCCUUGGUGCGGUACAAGGACGGCCGCAGGCAGUUCUUUGACUACAUGGACAUCAACCACAAACUGCUGCAGGACGCUCCCUUUGGCUCGGUGGCGGAGAGCAUGAGCCGAAUCUGCAAGGCCAACGUUGGCACCAUCGCCAAUUGCUCCCAGUUCUGUGAAUAUGUGCCUGCGAACGUCGCGACACCACUACGGGACGUGAUCCUGUUGAUUGCAGGAAAGAGAAAUGGUCGGCCUGUGCGUCGGGUUCCUUUGGUGGACGCCGACGGUGAGAUAGUCACAGUGUUUUCGUCCUUGGACUUCCUGAACCUUGCCCUCAAGUGCUCAGCGCCCACUGCUGUGCUGAAGUCCCUGUCGGCGAAGGUCUUCGAUCGCCGCGGCACCAUUCUGCAGGUCUCGGUGCAGCAGGACGAGCCACUGCUCAACGCGCUGGGAAUCAUGGAGAAGGAAGGCCUCACCAUUUGCCCCAUCACCUUACGGGAGCUCUCGGGGACCAUGGGCGGAGUGGUGGCCAGCAACGUGGUCUCCGCCGCGGACCUGAAAUGGGUCGUCCGUUCGGGCAACUUCGCAGCUCUGAACAUGUCCGUGGGGGACUUCGUAGCCUGGCGCGCCGAGUCAGAGCAGGCGAGUUUGGACCACAUCUUGCGGCAGCAGCGGCUCCAGCGCUUCAACGUAGUGAGCGUCAUGGCGGCUGCCUCCCUGCACACCUUGGCACAGCGCUUGGUGGAUAGUCGGCUUCAGCGCAUUUUCUUGGCCUCAGACGACAUUGCCCGGAUCGUGGGCAUCGUGUCCUCUCGGGACAUCCUGCUGCAGAUUCUGGAUCAGGUUGUGUGAGCACCGUGGAUGGUUGCACAAGAUGGUUUUGAGCCAAGCACCCAAUGGACCGAAUCCAGGCUUGGUAGGGGCCCUGAGCCAUUGUUCACAAGGACCGUUGCUCGGGUUGAGCUGUUUCGGC